AUGAAACCCUGCCUCCUCGCCCUUCUUUCAUAUGCCUUCUGUGUGCAGGCGGGUUUUCAACCUCCACCAAGUCGUGAAGAACUCUACAAGGUCCUUUUUGGAAACCCUUGCGAUUGCAAGGGCGGUACGGUUUUCCGCACCCCAAGUGCCUAUACCAGUCAAGUAGACUGCAACACAAAGGUAGCCUAUAUCGCAACAUCUUACACCUGGUCUGGGGCGACAAAGCCUGAAUGGGUCUGCAAAAACAAACCUACAAUCAUUCCUACAGUACAGGGUCGCCCUGGACCUUGCCCUAAAAACUGCACUUUUCUCCAGUCCGUCCAUUCCACUUGCUACUCUUCUACACAAACAUGCACUGACCAUACACAAACACCACAAAAAACCUACCUUACUGCUACCUUAGAAAGGGCCUUUUCGGGCACCUUUGGCAGCGCCUUAGAGGGAGGUUCUGAAAAAUAUUCUCAGGCAUCCUGUCUCCCACAACAUGUCGGCAAAAAUGUAUGUUGGUCGCCCAUGGCCCCGAUUCAUGUAUCGGAUGGAGGGGGCCCCAGCGACACCCUAAAAGAGGCUUUAGUUGCCCAACGAAUUCAAGAACUAGCCCAACAUUUAUAUCCUCUAUUAAACUACCAUCCACUCGCCCUUCCAAAACCCAGAGACAUUACUUUAGAUCCACAUACACAAGACAUCCUCAGCGCUACCCACUCUCUAUUAAACUCCACCAACCCCUCCCUUGCACAAGACUGCUGGCUAUGUUUAACCGUUGGUAUGCCUCUACCUACUGCCAUUCCUAUGUUCAAUGCCUCGUAUAUCCCCUUUAAUGAAACUGCCAAUUGCUCACUAUCAUUCCCCUUCAGAGUACAGCCCUCGGGUUUUAAUCUCUCUGAUUGCCUCCAGGGACUUUCACAAAAUAAUUCCUAUGACGUUGAUGUCGGAUUUGUCACCUUUUCCCAUUGUCAUACCAUAACUAACAUUUCCACCCCCAUCUGCCCUUCUCCAGGACAGGUAUUCAUUUGUGGAGGCAACCUUGCCUACACCCUUCUCCCUACUAAUUGGACAGGCCUCUGCGUUUCAGCGAGCCUUCUCCCUGACAUUUCUAUCAUCCCCGGAGAUGAGCCCGUCCCUCUUCCUAGCCUUGACCUUAUAACAGGACGCCACCGGCGUGCUCUCCAAGUCAUUCCCUUGCUUAUAGGCUUGGCUAUUACAACCGCUAUGGCCUCCGGCGGGGCGGGGAUAGGGGUCGCUGUUAACACCUAUAAUAAAUUAUCUCGUCAGUUAAUUGAUGAUGUUCAAACCCUCUCUGGAACUGUUAAUGAUUUACAAGAUCAAAUUGAUUCUUUAGCUGAGGUAGUUUUACAAAAUCGUAGAGGGUUAGACCUAUUAACUGCAGAACAGGGAGGGAUCUGUUUAGCUUUACAGGAACGGUGCUGUUUCUAUGCCAACAAGUCUGGCAUUGUCCGAGACAAAAUCAAGAAAUUACAAGAAGACCUCAUCAAGCGAAGAAAAGAAUUGUUCGAAAACCCGCUCUGGACUGGACUUAAUGGACUCCUCCCUUACCUCCUCCCUGUCUUGGGCCCCCUUCUUUGCCUCCUUUUACUUAUAACCUUCGGUCCCUGGGCGUUUCGCCAUCUCACCAACCUAAUUAAGAAACAAGUUGAUGCCGUCCUUUCUAAACCUAUCCAAAUUCAUUAUCAACGGCUGGCAUCAAAGGACGCGGGAGAAGACUACUAUGGCUCCCUCCCUACGGGGACGACAUGAUAACCAGAGGCAUGUCUACCCUCUCCCUUUAAGGAGAACAGGGUAUGAGCACCGGGGUGAGUGUAAAACAAAGUAUUGCAAGGGAAGGUCACAGAACUCCGACCUCCUCUGGGUUUCCCUGUGAGCACGCCUGGCUUGCAUAGGGGUUGGUAUCUAAUCUAUCAAAAAUCAAUUUCGGCUCUGCCCCUCCCCCCAAAAGAUACCAAGAGCCAAUGAUGGUGGAUUCAAAAAAUCCACGGGGGAGCCAGGCCCCUACUCCCUCGCCCGGUUAAUGCUCGCC